UCUCUGUCGUCCGGCCGUCGGAAUUUUCGCCGCACAUCCCAAAUCCCCGGCUCCGCCACCAUCAGACACGCUCUCACUGUCGCGCCAUGCUCCUCGCCAAUCCCCUCCCGCCGCCGCGCUGCCUGCCGGCCUCCCGCAUCCGCUGCCAGGCCCCGGCCCCGGCCCCGGCCCAGGCCCACCACCAGCCCGCCGCCUCCCGCGGCCUCCUCCUCCGCGGCGCCGGCUCCCCCGUCGUCAAGCGCCUGCCCGCCGGCGACUGGCUCCUCUGGUACCACUCCGGGGCGCGCGUCGCCCUCGCCACCUCCCCCGACGGCCUGCGCUGGAGCGCGCCCGUAUCACCCGACCCGCUGCUGCCCUCCACCGACUGGUGGGUCUUCGACACCGCCGCCGUCCGCCCCGGCGACGUCCUCGUCAUCUCUGGCCCCGACGCGCCGUCGUCGUCUUCGUCCCGCCGCCUCCCGUCCUCCUCCGCCGUGUACUGGCUCUACUACACCGGCUCCAACGACGCGCGCCUCGCGUCCCCGUUCCCCGCCGCGGACGUCGCCGCGCUGCCCGGCCUCGCCAUCAGCCAGGACGGCCGCCACUGGGCGCGCAUCGAGGGAGGCCACCACACCGGCGCGCUGCUCGGGGUCGGGGAGGACCACCCUCAUGGCUGGGAGAAGCGCUGCGCGGCGGCUCCCAAGGUGGUGAUGCACGCCGACGGGGACCUCCGGAUGUACUACCACUCGUUCGACGAAAUGUCGCAGAGGCACGCGGUCGGGGUGGCGAGGUCCAGGGACGGCAUACGGUGGGAGAGGGUGGGGAAGGCGCUCGAGGGAGGCGGGCCUGGGUCGUUCGACGAAGGCGGGGUGCGGCAGGGGCAUGUCGUCCGCGACCGCGCCGCCGGUCGGUACAUGAUGGCGUACGAGGGUUUGGAUGGCAAUGGCGGGGUGAGCAUUGGGCUGGCCGUGUCGGAGGACGGGCUCAACGGGUGGAGGCGGUGCAGUGAAUCACCAGCGCUGCGCCCGUCGGAGGAUGAUGAUGAGUGGGACGUCGCUGGGGUCGGCGCCCCGUGCUUGGUGCAAAUGGAUGGGCCAUAUGAUUGGAGACUCUAUUACAUGGGCGUAGGGAAGGACGGUGAGGCUGCAAUCGGGAUGGCAUAUUCAGAGGGUCAGGGUCUUCCGAGGUUCAACAAGUGUGACGCUCUUCUCAUGUAAGGUGAGGUGUUGCUGUGUAUGUUUCAGGGAAUGUUAGUCGAUGGUGAGCUUCUGCAUGGCUCAUUCGACAAUGCUGAUCAAGUCACCAUGAUAAAAAUUUGAUGUUAGUUUUA